AUGGUGACGACGAUUAAAAUUACCGGCGACGGUGUAUUUAUUCAGUCCAAUGGGGGUGUUGGUGGUGCUGGUGGAGGAGGUGCAAGACAGCAGCAGCAGCAGCAACAGCUGCUAACUGCUGAUGCCCUUGGCAGCACUGCCAUUGGUGAAGCGAAUCUUCCACCUUCGGAGGGACCGGUGCACAACGGCAACGGAUCCCUGGACACGGUGGACAGUGCCGGUGGCAAUGAUACGAACAACAAUCACAAAGGCUAUCGUAACUUCAACCAUCGCCGGUACCAGUCGGACGAAGGUCCCGGUUUCAUUGGAGUGCGGAAUGGAAAACCCGACCGGACCGGUGGUGGUGGAUCACCGCCGUCCGGGUCGUCUGAGAUAGCGUCGGGUGAAAGUGACGAUACGAUCGGUGAUCCCGAUCCGACCCGCAAGCGUGACAAGUUUACGAUUUCAUUCCUAAACACACACCGCUCCAGCGGUGGUGGGCUGCAAAACGGUGGCCACGGCAAGAGCAUGCUCAACCACAAGUUCAUCGUGUACAACAGCAAAAAGCCAAAGACGUCCUCGGUACUGCACCAACAGUACUACCAGCAGAGCAUGGCCGCCGCUGCCGGUGAUCUUGGCAAUGGUAGUGGCUCACCACCGUUACCAAUGCCGUACCAGAGCCACUACCAGCAGUACCUGUACAAUCGACUACGGCCAUCCCUGUCCACCUCGGUGUUGAGUUCCCCGUCACUGAUUAGCGGAACUGCUGCAGCGCUAGGCACUCCCUUGCCACUUGGACGUCCGGAUCCAAACGCCCUGUUGCAGCACGAUCGCGAACAAAUGGAGCAACAGCAUCAGCUCUAUCAGAACAGCCUGUUCCAUCAGCAGCAUCGUGCAUUACUUGGCACACCACCGGCAGCCAUACCAGGGUGGGCCAAGUCCACUUCCUGUCUGGUGACGGAUAGCAGAGCAACAAGUUCCUCCUACAGAACUGUCACCGCAUCGCCACUGUUGUUACUACCAGAACAACCUGUCGGAAGUCUAGCACAGCCUCAUGCAACUGUCACCCCUCCCCGGCCCGUACCAACCGCAUCGUCCAUGUCCUCACUCUCCUCAUCGCCGUCUUCGUUCUCCGCUGGUUCGCCACCUUCGUCCGGUGCGAAUUCUUCAUCCAACACACCUCCGCCACCUGCUUCGAGUGAAGUUGCAACGCCUCCUAAUGCUGCCGUGACACCGUCCUCCACACCAGCAACCAGCAGCAGUUCCUCGACACCAACGACACCGUUACCUGUGGCGUCAAAGACGUCAACCGCACCACCAGAAAGUACAUCAGCGCCAUCUACGCCAACGCACUCAACGUCGCCACCAUCAGCAGCGUCGUCUAAUAUUGAUGUCGAUGUGAGGGGUGUUCCACGGUUUGAUCGAAGCACCAAACCUUCAUCCGUCAUCGGCACCGAGCAGCAGCAGUACCAGCCGAGGCGGUUGCAGCACCAGCAGCGAUCAUUCGAGCUACAGCACUCGGUGUCUACGUGUGAACAGCAGCGGCGGCCGCACCACCAGCAGGUGGAAGGUGAGGAAGAGGACAGUUUGCUAGUCUCGCGCCGCAACUCCACCGGAAGCAGCGUGGCGCUGAACGGAAUGAACAGCCACACGGCGGCAAUCAAUCUGCAGCAUCCGGGCACGGGACAGACGGCAGUGGUUGGUCACCAUCGAGGCUUCUCGUCGACGGUCGUUGCCGCCGCGAACUCUGCCGCCGCAUCCGCCUCCGCCACCGACUGUCCAUGGUUUUUGCCGCAUCAGAUGCCGCCACCGCCGACGGCACCGGCCCGCCAGCACAAGCGGCCCGCCCCGCAACCGGGCGGUGGCAGCGUCGGUGGCGGCGGACCCGGCAAUCACAUGCAACCGCCGCAGUUCAUUAGCCCACCUCCAGCACCGCAGCAGCAGCACCACCAACAGCAGCAGCAGCAGCAACAACAGCAACAUAGUCAGCAGCCAGCAAUCGUGCCGCCACCGCAAUUACCUCCACACACCGUUAACCCGAGUCUCAGUUCCAUCCACCACCCGGUGCAGCAGCAGCUGGUUGCGCCACAGUCAGCACAGCAGCAGCAGCAGCAAUCCCAUCAGCCACCGAUACCGCCACAUCCAGCGGUGCAUCACAUACCAAAAUCACCGAACCAGCAUCAUCCACCUCAGCCGCAAUCGAUGCCGAUGCAGACAUCGUCGGUGCAGCAGCACAACCCGGUGUCGUCGGCAGUUGGUGGCGUGCUGACCAACAAUCACCAUCCGGCGGGACCAUCCGCCACCGGUACGAGCGCGACAGGACCAUCGACGACGACGGUGGCGGGCAAUGUCGCUGCCAGCCUGAUGUCCACUUCCAUGAACAGUGCGCAGUUACAGGGACACAUUCUCCAACCGGUCGGUGGUCUAACCGGUUCGGCACUUUCCAUCCAGCAGCAGCAGCAACAACAGCAGCAGUCAGUAAUACCGCCAGGCACGCAGCAGGUGCACCACAUGUCCAACUCGUUGCACGGUCCCAUCGGUAUACCGUCGGUGGUGGUCCCACCGGCUGGGCACGAUGGAAGCAAUGGAGUUGGUGGUCCCGCUCCCGGCUGGAACUGCGUCCCGGUCGGGCUAUCCUCACCAACAACCUCAGCGGCGGCAGCUGCCCAGCGGAGAGCGGAAGUGAAUGCAAAACUAAACGCCAUGCCCUGGUUCCAUGGGCGAAUAAAGCGAGAAGAGGCAGAAUCGUUGCUGAAACCACGGGAAGAUGGAUUGUUUUUGGUACGCGAAUCCACCAACUUCCCGGGAGAUUACACGCUCUGUGUAUGCUUUAACGAGAAGGUUGAACACUAUCGCAUCAAGUACGUGGACAACAAGCUCACCAUCGACGAUGACGAAUACUUCGAUCAUCUCGGACAGCUGGUGGAGCACUAUACGCUCGAUUCGGAUGGGUUGUGCACAAAGCUGAUGAAAGCACUGCCGAAGGAGGAAUUCUGCGUGAAGGACUUCCAGGACAAUGGGUGGGAGAUCAAGAUGGAGGAUCUGCAGCUAAAGGAAAACAUCGGCAAGGGAGAAUUCGGCGACGUAAUGCUUGGAAUUCUCAAGGGUGAAAAGGUGGCGGUAAAGGUGCUGAAGGAUGCCGGCCGUGCGUCCAACAAAUUCCUGGCCGAAGCGGGCGUAAUGACUACAUUGGAACACGAAAAUCUUGUCAAGUUUAUUGGGUUGGUGUUUCACGAUAAGUACAUCUACCUGGUGACGGAGUACAUGAGCAAAGGGUCGCUCGUCGACUAUCUGCGAUCGCGCGGACGGCAACAUAUUAGUCGGAAAGAUCAGAUCAACUUUGCCUAUGACACCUGCUGCGGUAUGGAGUAUUUAGAGACCAAAAAAGUGAUCCAUCGUGAUCUUGCUGCCCGUAACGUGCUGAUUUCCGAGGAUUGUGUCGCAAAGGUGUCCGACUUUGGAUUGGCACGAGACGAACGCUACACCGGUGACAGUAGUAAACUUCCCAUCAAAUGGACAGCCCCGGAAGCGUUAAAGGAAGGCAAAUUCUCCAACAAAACGGACAUGUGGAGCUUUGGUAUUUUACUAUGGGAAAUAUAUUCUUUCGGACGUGUACCGUACCCACGAAUUCCUCUAGCUGAUGUGGUGAAGCAUGUCGGAAGCGGUUACAAGAUGGAAGCACCAGAAGGUUGUCCACCGGAAAUCUACGAAAUGAUGCGACAGGCGUGGGAUCUGGUGCCCGACAAGCGUCCAACGUUUGCCGAACUUAAACGCCGUCUGUACAACUGUAAGCGUGAAACAGCAAACACGUACGUCACGUAA